AUGGCAACCUCCACCGCACCACCAACACCACCAACAGACCUCCCAACCACCAUCCCCCCAACCACAACCCACACGCACACGGUGAUCUUCUUCCACGGCCGCGGCGGCACAGCAUCCAGCCACUCCCCGUUCACCGCGUUCCCCUCCUUCCGCUGGGUCUUCUCACAGGCCCCCACCCAGCGCUGCAGCAGUCUCCCCGCGACUUGGCCGCAGUGCUUCAACGUGCACGACACCUCCGACUCGGGCGCGCGCGAAGUUACGGUAUUAAAUGGGAGAUGGGGCCGCGUGCUGCUGGCGGGGAUUAGCAUAGGCGCCGCGACGAGCGUGCACGCCGUGCUCAACCUGCCAGACAUCCCAUCCCAAGCCGGGGGGAGACUGGACGCCCUGCUGUUGUUCUGCGGGCGGUGUCCGUUUGACGGGCGGCCGCUGGGCGAGAUGCGCGCCGUGCUCGGACUUGAAACAACAGGAUGGGGAGAUCUGUCGGCAGUGCUAAAUGGUACGCCGGUGCUGCUCGAGCACUGCGCCGACGACCGAACCGUGCCCGUGGCCAACGGGCGGUGCAUGCGCGACACGCUUCGUGCGUUUGGUGGGAAGGUCGAGCGGUGCGAGUAUCCCGAGGGCGGGCACUGGUUCUGUUCGCCGCAGGGCAUGGACGAUUUCGUCGCGUUCGUCUGCGGGAAUGUGCUUGGUGUGGACCUGCCAGAGGUCGCGGUUGACGCUGACGCCAUGGAUAUGUCAUGA